AUGGCAUUCCCCAUGGGCAUUCCUCUCUACACAAUUAUUGUGGAAGAUGAGGAGGAGGAGGAGCAGCAGCGAAUGGAGGCCAAGAGGAUACGGCAGCAUGGCAAAAGACAUCACCCAACCAGGUACUAUCCACCUCAGCGUAUCUACAGGCAACGCAGGUCCUUUGAGGACCUGUCGGAGGAUCUCUGCAUUCGGCGGGUGCGAUUAUCUAAGGGUGCCAUUGCCAAUCUGUGUGAACUCCUUCGUGAAGAUCUUCAGCCGCAUUCCACUGCCAGGACAGCCUUGUCUGUUGAAAUGAAAGUGACCACCGCUCUGAAUUUUUUUGGCACUGGAUCCUUUCAAGGUGCCACAGGGAACAUGUGCAAUAUCAGCCAAGGAGCGGUGAGGGCAGCUAUUCAACAGGUCACGGAUGUGCUCUUUAACAGAGCUCCAGGAUUCAUCAACUUUGGCAUCACACCGAGGCAACAGAGGGAACGAGCGAAGGAAUUCUGUUACAUUGCCGGAUUUCCCAAAGUUCAAGGUGCCAUAGGUGGCACCCAUGUAGCACUGAAGGCACCAGCAGAACAGCCACUUAUAUUUGUGAAUAGGAAAGGAUUCCACUCAUUAAAUGUUCAAAUUGUCUGCGAUGCUCACCAGAAGAUCCUGUAUGUAAAUGCUAAGCAUGCAGGAAGCUGUCAUGAUGCUGUAAUUGUACAGCACUCAACUCUCCCUGACCUCUUCCAUGAAGAUAACCACGUUCAAGGAUGGCUUCUUGGAGACCAGGCAUACGCACUACAAACAUGGCUCAUGCCUCCACUCAGCCAACCGAAAACCCAGGCCGAGGAAGCGUACAACAAAGCACAGGCCGCAACGCGGGCUGUGGUGGAGAGGACCAUAAGACUGUUAAAAAGCAGGUUUCGCUGCCUGGAUAGAUCCAGUGGAGCUCUGCAGUACACACCCCAAAGGGUGGCACGAAUUGUCAUAGCAUGCUGUGUGCUGCACAACUUUGCGCUGCAGGAAGGCCACCUAUUUAACAUAGAUGAUGAGGAGCCGCUGCUGCCUGAGGAAAGGGAGUUGCAGGCCCCCCCGUUUGAGGAGGAUGAACAGUUGGAGGAUUCAUCUCUGAUUGCUGCGAGGGCCAUUCAAAAUCGGAUUGUGCAGGAGGAGUUCAGCCAUUGA